AUGAAGGUUGCCCAGGCCGCGAGCGAGGCGCCGCCCGGCGCGCAGUCCGCCAAGGUGGUCCUGGUGGGCGAUGGCGGCUGCGGGAAGACGUCCUUGCUGAUGGUCUUCGUCCAGGGGGACUUCCCCGAGAACUACACGCCCACAGUGUUUGAGAGGUACAACUGCAGACUGCAGCUCAAGGACAAACCUGUACAUCUCCAGAUCUGGGACACGGCAGGACAAGACGACUAUGACCGCCUGCGGCCCCUGUUCUACCCUGACGCCAGCGUCGUGCUGCUCUGCUUCGACGUCACCAACCCGAACAGCUUCAGCAACGUCUCUGACCGGUGGUACCCGGAGGUGAGUCACUUCUGCAAACACACACCCAUCGUAGUUGUGGGCUGCAAGACGGACCUGCGCAAGGACAAAUCGCUGGUGAAGAAGCUUCGGAAGAAUGGGCUGGAGCCAGUGACCUACAACAGGGGCCAGGAGAUGGCGAGGUCUGUGGGCGCUGUGGCCUAUCUCGAGUGCUCAGCCCGGCUCCAGGACAACGUCCAUGCGGUCUUCCAGAAGGCGGCUGUAGUGGCCCUCAGCAGCCGUAGGCGCAACUUCUGGCGCCGGGUUACCAGGAGUUUUUGUUUGAUGACAUGA